AAGGAGAUCCUUUCACUAAAAUAUUCUUCUGGCCGAGGUCCAAAUAGGGUGUUCCCAUCAGUGUGCCACCUAACAUUAGGUGUUGCCAUCAGAGUUCAACUUUACAUCAAGUAUUCCCAUCACAUCAGGUGUGCCCAUCAGAGUGCUCCUUUACAUCAGUUGUCCCCAUCAGAGUGCCUCUUUACAUCAGGUAUUCCCAUCACAUUGCCACCUUACAUCAGGUAUUCCCGUCAGAUACCCCUUUCUAUCAAAUUUCCCUAUCAGAGUGCCCCUUUACAUCAUAUUCUUCAACAGAGUGCCCCUUUCCAUCACAUGUGCCCAUCAGAGUGUCCCUUUCCACAGUAUGUGCCCAUUUGUGCCCCCUUAAUAUAAAAUGUGCCCGUCAGAGUUUCCCUUAACAUAA